UACAUUACUUUUCAUCUGGUGUUGACACUUCCAAAGAGCUGGAAAAGUCGAAUAACUUCUCUAUUUAAACUUUAAAAUGAUUAUUAUCGGUAAUGCGUAGUAUUUAAAAAGCGUCUGGACGACCAAUGCUACAGUUCUGUAUACGUUUAAGUGUGAAUUUGUCACAUUUUAUCUGCCGUUUCUGGGUGUUCGGCGACUCCGCCCACAAAUUCCUGAGAGUCUGGGGUUGUGAGGAGGAGGAAAGAAAAGGAAAAGAAAAGGAGAGGAGGAAGAAAAAAAAGAGACAGGAGUCAGCUGGAAACAGGGGAAGAGAGAUGAUUAUUGUCACCAUCAACAACAGAAACAACUGUAACUCUGUUCCAGAACCGGACUCUGCUGCUCCACAGCUUCUCUAAAACCAACAUCUGGAAGGCUUUCCCCCUCAUUCUGACUUCAGUUGAAACUUUCUCCGCCUGUGGACUUGGAGCUGGAGUUUCCAGUUUCCAGUUUGACUUGAGCUGCAGUUAAAACAGACAGGCAAACUUCGACACUAGAUAUUCGGCUUGUACUGCUCCUGGAGCAGCUGGAGAAGGAGUAGGAAGAAAAAGAAGAACCGACAACCAUCCAGCGUGUCUCCGUGUUUGUGUUGGAAGCAUGGAGAUCCUGGACAGUGGAGAACCGUUCCUGCACUGGGACAGGAACCUGAGUGAACUGUCUGAGACCGGGGAGCUGGAUUCAGUUCUCUACCCAAAUCACUUCUCUGAGCUCCUGGAUGACCUCUCCCAAGAUGCUCUGCUGGGCCAGCUGCUCAGCGACCCCUUCCUGUCCGGAGUGAGGGACAGCAUGGAGGCCAUGGAGGGCCACAUGAACAUAGACGACCUGUCUCCAUCCUCCCCUCUGACACCUCACAUCACAGCGGAGCACAGCUACUCGCUGUGCGGCGACAGUCGACCUCAGUCACCGCUGUCACACCUGACCGGAGAGCACGGCAGUGAAGCCGCAGAGUCUGACGGAGAGUGGCCCAUGGAGCAGGAGGAGCCUCUGGAGAGCCUCCUGGGUGAGGCUCCCUCUCUGCUCCCCAGCCUGACUCUGUCACUGGCUCAAGCCGAGGGGCCACAGGCAAGCAAGUGUCACCCCACCGUGGCCCCGGCUGCUCCCGCUGCCACCAGCGUGGCCCCCGCGGCCCCCGCGGCCCCAGUUCAGACCACAGUGAGCAGCUCCAACCAGACCAAAGGCAUCAAGAUUAAAGAGGAGAAUAUAAUUCCACAGAUUAAACUAGAGCCACACGAAGUGGAUCAGUUUCUCAACUUUUCACCCAAAGGCACAGGUCUGGAGUCACUGCAGAUGCCCCCUACUCCUCCCAGCUCUCAUGGUAGUGAUUCUGAGGGGAGCCAGAGUCCGGUCCACGCUCCUCCUGGACUCUCCUGCCCCACCUCUCCGACCAGCCCCUCUCCUCCACAGAGCAGCCUGAAGGCUUCCCCUCGAGCCUCCUCGUCCUCCUCAUCUCUGUCCAACUCUCCUCUGCUCACAGCUCCUCACAAGCUGCAGGGUUCUGGACCGCUGAUCCUAACUGAGGAGGAGCGUCGGACCCUGGUGGCUGAAGGUUACCCUGUUCCCACCAAACUGCCACUCACCAAAGCUGAGGAGAAAGCUCUGAAGAAGAUCCGAAGGAAAAUCAAAAACAAGAUCUCAGCUCAGGAGAGUCGCAGGAAGAAGAAGGAAUACAUGGACGCUCUGGAGAAGAAGGUGGAGACAUGCUCCAAUGAAAACAGUGAACUGCGAAUGAAAGUGGAGUCACUGGAGGGCACCAACAAGUCACUGCUGCAGCAGCUUCAGUCUCUUCAGGCCUUGGUUGCAGGAAAAGUUCAUAGAUCCUGCAGAGCAGCCAGUACACAGACAUCAACAUGUUUAAUGGUGGUGGUGUUGUGCUUUGCUCUGUUUCUGGGCAGUUUUUACCCCAGCAGUCUGAGCAUGUGCUCCAUUGUCACAGAAACAGGCCUCGCUUCUAAAUCGCUGGCUGUGAAAGAAUCAUACACAACCACAGUCAAGUCAAGGAGUCUGCUCUCGACCUUCGAGGAUGAGCAGCCCCACUUCCUCGGUCUGGGCGGUGAAUAUCCUGACCAAUGGGAGGACACGCCGGCCGUCGUAAUGGCAGCAUGGCGUCACUCAGAGCAGCAGAAGUUGGGGGUGGAGCCCAGCAGGGCAGAGACACACCCACCUUACAGGAGUAAGAGCAACGAUACACAGGCACCAAAGAACCUGCUGCUCGACCUGCACAGGUCUUUGGAGCAGAACUCAAAUGAGAGCAGCAGUAAAGUGUUGGAGCUACAGCGAACGGUCAACGAGACCUCCUGAGGUAGCCCUCCUCCCACCUCGGAGCCCCCCGCCCCCCAGCUUCAAACCUCACCUGCUUCACGUCACAUCCCAUACUGACCCUGUGACCCCUUCCUCAGUCUCACCAGAGCAAAGUUCAGUGUCCCUGGAGUAAAAACUCCCAACAGUGUAGUACUUCCUACUGCAGAUGGUGUGAUUAAUCAGAUACACUGUAGUAGAAACAGUCAUAGUUAUAGUAAUAAUAGUAAAGAAGACUGAGGCACUGGUUGUCUCCUUUCUAAAUUAAUAGAUGCACUGAACAGAUUUUUCACAGCUUUAGUCAUAAAUUGACCCACAAAGAAAAGAAGUGAAAUAAAUAUCUGAUCUGGAACCAAAUGUAAUAAAACAACGGCGUGUUUGAAGAAAAUGACUAAAUACGACAUGUGAAGCUUUUCACAGGAGACUGAGGUGGAACUCUGUAUUUAUAGAACUUUUUUUGUAGUUUUAUUAUUAAAUAUUUUAAUUAUAUUCCAGUAAGGCUUUCAGUACUUUUUUGGCUUUUUUUACUUUUCCUUUUGUUGAAACUCUGUUUUUCUAUGUUUUUUUAAUUGUAUUCUUUUAUACAGUACAUUGUUUGUUGUUGUUUCGUUUUUUGUUUUUUUUUCCUUUAACUCCCCAAGCACCAGGGUUAGGUUUACUGGUACCGUUGGGAAUCCUCUAUGUCAGAAUGGAGUUUUUUGUGUUUUUUUUUAAAUGUCUGAUGGAACCACAGUUUGUUUUCUUUUUUAUUUCAGCUUUGCAACGUUUCGCUGCAUCAAAACUCUUUCUUUUCUUCUUUAAAAUGCUCUGACCCAAAAAAGAAUAUUUCUUUAAAAAAAAAAAUUAAAAUAUAUAAUUAUCUAUUUUUGUAAAUAUCAGUUGUGUAUAAAUGAAAAAAAAGUCUAAAUAUGUUCAGGAUGUGCAGUUUAUAUACCAAACCACAUUUUUGGGUUUAAUUUGAUCACAUGACCUUGAAUGAGUGUUACGUUCAGGAAGUUACAGGUUCGUAUGUCAUGUCAGAGACCAAAACCAGUCCAGUGUCCGUUCAUCGAGCUGUAAAUAUCAUUUUAAUCAUGAGUAUUUGUUUCAUUGUCCAAAGAGUUUAUCUCAGUCAACAUGGAAAAUGUACCAACAAUCGUGUUGGUUUGUUAGAUUCUCACCACAGGGUCUGUUUCUAAUGUACGGUAACGUUAUCACAAACAUAAUCACAGCAGAACUCGUAUGAGACGUUUUCAUUAAUGGCUUUUCUGUUUCCUGCUGCAGUUUUGAAAGCAGUUUUUUGUUUCCGUGUGGCUUCUGUGUAACGCCGGCCUGACUUUAGCUUUUCUGUCCUUACUAGCAUUCAGAUGAAUAAAAUAUUUUAUGUAGAUAAAGCAUAA